AUGAGAGCUUGUUUAGUCGAAAAAGGUUUAGAUCAUGUAGCUGAAAGUAUUCUGUCAUAUUUGGAUGCUGAAUCACUGUAUGCCGCAGAACUUGUCUGUAAAGAAUGGUACCGAGUAAUAAGCGAAGGAAUGCUAUGGAAAAAACUUAUCGAGCGUAAAGUAAGAACUGAUUCUGUUUGGCGUGGAUUAGCUGAAAGACGAGGCUGGAUUCAACACUUGUUUAAACCAAGGCCUGGCGAAAGCUAUAGAGAUCACGCAUUUUAUCGAAAUCUGUUUCCUAAUAUAGUCAAAGACAUCGAGAGUAUUGACAAUAAUUGGAGAAUGGGAAGACAUAAAUUACAAAAAAUAAAUUGUCGUAGUGAAAAUUCUAAAGGCGUAUAUUGUUUACAAUAUGAUGAUCAAAAAAUAGUAUCGGGUUUGCGCGAUAAUACUAUCAAGAUAUGGGACAGAAAUAAUUUACAGUGUAUUAAAGUUUUAACGGGGCACACUGGAUCUGUUCUCUGUUUACAAUAUGACGACAAAGCUAUUAUAUCUGGUUCUUCCGACAGCACUGUGAGAGUAUGGGACGCAAAUACUGGUGAAAUGGUUAACACUUUAAUUCAUCACUGUGAGGCUGUAUUGCAUUUAAGAUUUAAUAAUGGUAUGAUGGUUACCUGCUCAAAGGAUCGAUCAAUAGCCGUUUGGGACAUGACAUCACAAACAGAAAUAGCAUUACGCAGGGUACUGGUUGGUCAUCGUGCUGCUGUUAAUGUUGUAGAUUUUGAUGAAAAGUACAUAGUGUCUGCAAGUGGUGAUAGGACAAUUAAAGUAUGGAAUACCUCGAGUUGUGAAUUUGUGCGAACGUUGAAUGGACAUAAACGUGGAAUUGCGUGUUUACAAUAUAGAGAUCGCUUAGUGGUUAGUGGUAGCAGCGAUAAUACUAUCAGAUUGUGGGAUGUUGAGUGCGGAGCAUGUUUGCGUGUACUAGAAGGACACGAAGAAUUAGUACGGUGUAUUAGAUUUGACAGGAAACACAUUGUUAGUGGAGCUUAUGACGGAAAAAUUAAAGUCUGGGAUCUAGUCGCCGCUCUUGAUCCACGUGCUGUUGCUAGUACUCUUUGUUUACGUACAUUAGUGGAGCAUACGGGACGUGUGUUCCGUUUACAAUUUGAUGAAUUCCAAAUCGUAUCAUCCUCACACGAUGACACGAUACUUAUUUGGGAUUUUCUUAAUUGUAAUGGCUCAGACGCUAAUCCAGGUGGGUCUUCAUUGAACAAUACAACCGCUUCAAAUAAUCAGUCUGAUACUAGAUCUCCUUCUCGUAUGUAUAAUUAUAUAUUAUGA